UCAAGUUUUGAAAUAGGCUGUCAAAAACAAAUUAGACUCUGGGAAACAAUCUGUCGCGGUUUCUUCUUCAAUUCCAUUCUCUCGUCCAGGAUAACAGCUUUUGUGAUUGCUAAGAGAACGAUACUAUGUACAACGGAAUAGGGUUACAGACUCCGAGAGGGUCCGGUACCAACGGUUACAUCCAGGGCAACAAGUUCUUCGUGAAGGCCAAAACUAACAAGGUUUCGGAGAACACAAAGGGUUUCGAAGCGGAUCAGGGAACUGCUGGUGUUACAAGGAAGCCCAACAAGGAGAUUCUUGAGCAUGACCGCAAGCGCCAGAUUCAGCUCAAGCUUGUGAUCCUCGAAGAUAAGCUCAUUGAUCAGGGCUACACUGAUGCUGAGAUCGCUGAGAAGCUCGAUGAGGCCCGGAGGAAUUUGGAAACCGCUGCGGCUGCUGAGGACGGCGAUGGACCGACCAGUGCAUCCGAUAAGAAAGUUUCAGAUACCCAGACUCACCAAGUUGCUGCUAGAAAGGAAAAACAGAUGGAAACCUUAAAAGCUGCUCUUGGAAUAGCUUCUGUUGAAGAUGGUGAAAUAAUUGCUGAUGGGAAUGAUGAUGGGAAAAAUGCUUCUAUUGCUGAGGUGAAGCAUAACUCGAAAAGUGAGCAUGCGUUUUUGGACAGAGAUUUCAGUCGGAAGAAAAAAAUGGCUGAAGAUAUAAAGGAUGAAGAUGCUAAAAAGAAGGAUGUUAAAGAUACCACGAGGCACCACAAGAAGGUUGAUACUCAAAAGAAUAAGUAUGAUGAUGAUUCGUCCAAUUCAGAUAGCAGUAUGGAUGAUGAGAAAGAUUAUAAGAGGAGGCACCGAAGAGAAGAGGAUGAAUAUACCAAAAAGAAGGGUGUUAAAGAUACAACGCACAGCAAGAAGGGUGACACUCGAAGUAGAAAGUAUGAUGACUCAUCUGAAUCAGAUAGCAGUACUGAUGAUGAGAAAGAUCAUAGAAGGAAGCACCGAAGAGAGGAGGAUGAAUAUGCCAAAAAGAUGGAUGUUAGAGAUACAAGGCACAACAAGAAGGUUGACACUCAAAGGAGAAAGUAUAAUGACGAAUCAACUGAAUCUGAUAGCAGCACAGAUGAUGAACAGGAUCAUAGAAGGAAGCAUCGAAGAGAGGAGGAUGAUUAUGCCAAAAAGAGGAAUGUUAAAGAUACAAGGCACAACAAGAAGGUUAACAGUCGGAGGAAGAAGUAUGAUGAUGAUUCUUCAGAAUCAGAUAGCAGUAUGGAUGAUGAGAAGGAUUAUAAAAGAAAACACCGAAGGGAGGAGGAUGAAUAUGCUAAAAAGAAGGAUGUUGAAGAUACAAGGCACAACAAGAAGGCUGACACUCGGAGGAAGAAGUAUGAUGAUGAUUCUUUUGAAUCAGAUAGCAGUAUGGAUGAUGAGAAGGAUCAUAGAAGAAAACCCGGAAGGGAGCAGGAUGAAUACGCCAAAAAGAAGGGUGUUGAAGAUAGAAGGUAUGACAAGAAGGCUGACCCUCAAAGGAGAAAGUAUGACGACGAUUCAUUUGAUUUGGAUGGUGAGAAGGACCAUAGAAGGAAGAACCAAAGAGAGGUGGACGAAUAUGAUACAAAGAAGAAUGUUAAAGAUACAAGGCAACACAGGGGUGAAACUCAAAGGAGAAAGUAUGGUGAUGAUUCUUCAGAUUCAUACAGCAGUUUUGAUGAUAGAAACAAGCAUCAUAGAGUGGAUGAAAAUGCUAAAAGGAAGGGCCUUAAAGAUACAGGGCUACUCAGAAAAGAUGAAUAUCAUAAACGGAAGUAUGAGGAUAAUUCUUCUGAUUCAGACAGCAGAAUGGACAGAAAGAAGCACCGUAGAGAGACUCCAGACAGUGGUGGUGAAUACGAUUCUGAUCGCGAUUCUAAGAGGAAGGUCAAUGCUGGAAAGAAGGGUGAGUCUCGAAGAAGGAAGCAUGAGGGCGAUCCAUCUGAUUCAGACAGCUAUGAGAAGGGUCGCAGAAAGAAGCACCAUCGGUAAGGGGACGUGGACAACAGCGGUGAAUAUGAUUCUGUUAGCAAUGCUAAGAGGAAGGUUGCUGAAAGAGGAAGUCAUCUCAUUAACUAGAAUGUAUUACAGUAUUAGUCUGUUAGACAUGUGCUUUAUGCACCAAGUCUUUUUAUUCCGUCUUGUACUUCGGGGUUGUAUUACCAGUCUGUUCUGUUCCAUCUAUAUUUGGGACCUGCAGUGACAUUGAUUAUGUAAUAUGUACGGUUUUUCAUUGUUAUUUUCAAGCGGUUCAAUAAUCCUCUUGAUUCUUCUAAAUAUAAGCACAAGUUGUUCA